UAACAAAGAAAAAGAUAAACUAAACUCGGCAACUGAUGCACUUAAAAUAGAUAUGUGCAUAGAAAUGGUCAACAUCCUCAAUAUAAAAGCGUCUGUACGCAUUCAAUCGGGAUAGUCGUAGCAUCGUGUCAAUUCAAUUAUAAUGGAAAUUCGCAACGUCGAACAAUUGUUAGAACCAUAUUUACAAAAUGAUGAAUCUAAUCAAAAGCAAGAAGUGAUUAAGUGCGUCGCUAAAUUAGUUCCACCAAGAGGAAUUUUAUGGGAUAUCUUCGACACAGUGUCCACUUUCAAGAAAGAAAUCGCAGUUUAUAACACAAUAGUACCAGCGUUAAAUCAAUUUGGACGAGAACACGGUAUAGAAUGUAUAUUACCAUACUUUGCUGAAUAUUGUAAUUCUAGAGUUACGCUACAACCCAACAGCUGCGACGUUGACGAUGAUGCGGUGUUAUUAUUAAACAAUUUGCAAGAGGAUGGUUACGAAGUUGAAGAUAGAUUCGUUGGUUUCGAUAAAGAAUCUGUAAUAAUGAUUAUUAAAAGUUUAGCAACACUUCACGCAACAUCAAUUGCUUAUAAACUUUCUAAACCGGAUGAGUUCCAAAACAAAGUGUUAAAGCACAUUGAGAAAUGCUUAGUAGGCAAACUUGAUGAAACAGCACAAAAUACUCAAAUCGAUUGCUUUAAAACAUUUCUUGCAAAAUAUCCUAACUUAACGCAUCUAUCUCAACAAAUGAUUAAUUCAUACCGUCAAGGAAUAAAGAAAUUAUGCCAAGAAAGAACACCAAUAGAACCAUUUGCUACUUUUGUUCACGGUGAUCUUUGGACGAACAACAUAUUAAUAAAAUCAAUCAAUAAAAAUCCAGUAUCUAUCAAAUUCGUUGAUUUCCAAGUUAUUGAAUACGGAAAUCCUGCGAGAGAUGUAAUUUUCUUUCUUUAUACAAGUGCCCAAAUGGAAUUAUUACAAUUUAUCGACGAUUACUUGUUAAUUUAUCAUAACCACUUUAUUGACACAUUAAAAUUAUUAAAUUGUGAUCCAAAUCCGUUCAAUUAUGAUACAUUUUUAAAACAAGUUGAUGACGCUGCUAAAGAAAUAGAAUUCGCCCACGUGAUGUUUAUUCUGCCUCCAGUGUUUACCGAAAAAGGGAAAGCGGUAGAACUUAGCGAUAUGAAAGAUCAGAAUGAUAUCGUAUCUUCAGUUGACCGAAUACAUGUGAAUUAUCAAUCCAGAUUUGCAUUUGUCCUUGAAGAUUUUGCGAAAAGAGGGUGGAUAUAACGUUUAAAACUUAAAUUUUUUAGCAAACUGUUUUUAUUAUUUUUAUUAAUAAACUACUAAUCUAAAUAAUAA